GAGUGUGCUGACUAGAUGAAUGGAUUGUGUGAAAACUGUAGGUUUUAUUGCCAUUAUCAAUAAGGAGAAAAAGGAAACUAUAUUCCACUGAAAUAUACACUAGAUCAUGACUGGGUGGUUUAUAUCAGGUUUUCUAAAGGAAACAAAGAGGAAAGGUGAAGAAGCUUUAAAAGUUUACGGUUUAGAAAGAAGUAUUCAUUAAUUUAUCCAUUCAACAAUCACUCAUUGCUUUCCUGCUGUGUAUGAGACACUGGACAGUGCUGAGAUUACAAGCAAUAGAAUAAUUGAAUAACUGAAUAAUUUGGAGAAGCAAGAUUCCUUAUGACAACCUACUGAAUUUACCCCACCCAGCUUUCUUUUUUGUUUAACAAACACUUAAUGGAAAUGAUCAUCCGAUUAUCUCCAUAUCAGUGAAUUUUCAUUAUAUAUACAUCACUUACUUCUUGAGCUGGCCAAAAAAAGGGUAGGGAGGCACCCUAUUUUGAUGAAGAAUAUGAACUUUUCAACUGCAACACCCAUCUCACAGCCUGUAUAAAAGGUUAACCUCCUGGCUUACUGACACUUCUUCCUCUCUGGUUGUCACCACCUUCCCCGGGCUGUGAAUCUCUCCAGCUACACCAUGUCACACUCAGUGCGCACCCCUGGACUGUCCCGGAGGCUGUCCUCCCAAAGUGGGACAGCAGGCAGAUCCAGGGGCAUGUCUGCUUCCAGUAUUGGAAGUGGCUAUGGAGGAAACACAUUUGGCUUUGGAGCCAGCAGUGGGGGAGGCUUUUCUGCUGCUUCCAUGUUUGGUUCUAGUUUGGGCUUUGGUGGUGGCUCAGGAAGUUCUUUGGCAGGAGGGCUGGGCAAUGGUUCUGGGGGAGCCCUGGGAGGUGGCUUUGGAGGGCUAGGAAUUGGAUUUGGGGGGAGCUCAGGAGGUGGCUUUGGAGGGCUAGGAACUGGAUUUGGGGGGAGCUCAGGAGGUGGCUCUCUAGUUAUUCUCUCUGGCAAUGAUGGCGGCCUUCUUUCUGGAUCAGAAAAAGAAACCAUGCAAAAUCUUAACGAUAGAUUAGCUUCCUACCUGGAUAAGGUUCGAGCUCUAGAAGAAGCUAAUACUGAGCUAGAAAACAAAAUUCGAGAAUGGUAUGAAACACGAGGAACAGGGACUGCAGAUUCCGAGUCACGGAGUGAUUACAGUAAAUUCUACCCAUUGAUCGAAGACCUCAGGAAUAAGAUCAUCUCUGCCAGCAUUGGAAAUGCCCAGCUCAUCCUGCAAAUUGACAAUGCAAGACUGGCUGCUGAGGAUUUCAGAAUGAAGUAUGAGAAUGAGCUGGCCCUGCGCCAGACCGUGGAGGCCGACAUCAACGGGCUGCGCAGGGUGCUGGACGAGCUGACCCUGGCCAGAGCCGACCUGGAGAUGCAGAUCGAGAACCUGACUGAAGAGCUGGCCUACCUGAAGAAGAACCACGAGGAGGAGCUCCAAAGCUUCCGGGCAGGUGGCCCAGGCGAGGUCAGCGUAGAAAUGGACGCUGCCCCCGGAGUGGACCUCACCAGGCUCCUCAACGACAUGAGGGCGCAGUACGAAGCCAUCGCUGAGCAGAACAGGAAGGACGCAGAAGCCUGGUUCAUCGAAAAGAGUGGGGAGCUCAGGAAGGAGAUCAGCACCAACACGGAGCAGCUUCAGUCCAGCAAGAGCGAGGUCACCGACCUAAGGCGCGCGGUUCAAAACCUGGAGAUCGAGCUCCAGUCCCAGCUCGCCAUGAAGAAAUCCUUGGAGGACUCGUUGGCUGAAGCCGAGGGCGACUACUGCGGCCAGCUGUCGCAGGUGCAGCAGCUCAUCGGCAACCUGGAGGCGCAGCUGCUCCAGGUGCGCGCGGACGCCGAGCGCCAGAACGCGGACCACCAGCGGCUGCUGAACGUCAAGGCCCGCCUGGAGCUGGAGAUUGAGACCUACCGCCGCCUGCUGGACGGCGAUGCCCAGGGUGAUGGUUUGGAUGAAAUUUUAUCUGUGACAGACUCCAAAUCUCAAGCCCAGUCAAUUGAUUCCUCUAAAGAUCCAGCCAAAACCCGAAAAAUCAAGACAGUUGUGCAAGAGAUGAUAAACGGUGAGGUGGUCUCAUCCCAAGUUAAAGAAAUUGAAGAACUAAUGUAA